GAUUGAUCUCCCAUAGAAGGAGACCGGUGAAAGAUGGAAGCACCUGUGACAAGUCUUCUGUGUCUUUCAAUAGAACCGUGGUGAUUACCUCAAAAUCUAGGUAAUACGGUAUACAGUGAUACACACCUGUUUGGGCACCCCUGGUAAAAUUGUGUGUUUUAUUGAAUCUAUGUGUAAAAAGAAGUUAAAGCGACCUCUACUGGUACUAACUUAAACGUGACAUAUUUCUGCAAGUUUAACAUAAAGUUAAUAUUUAUUUUCUGAAUUGAACAGUUUGAAAGAAAAGAGCAAAUGUGGAAUGUGCAAAAGUUUAGGCACCCUUCCAGUUAUUCCAUUAAUACUUUUUUCUUCAUUGUUUAGUUGAGUGGCGGAAACUAAUUUCUGGAACUAGCUAUGCAAAUAACAAAAUUAAAUUAAAUCAGGAACAUGGUUAUUUACAUUAUGCUCCAUCAACAAAAUCUGGCCCUCUUUCAAUUGUUGUCAAGAGCAUGUGCAAAUGUGUGAAUGUGUACCUCAUAUUAAGAAUUAUAAUAGUGGGAAUACAGAAGGGAGAGGAAAAAUGGGUGUUCAGAAUUGUUUGUUUUAUGUCAAUAAAGGUUAAUGUAGAUUUGAAUCCAUGUACGGUCAACACUACAGUGAGUAUCAAUGCAUCUUAUCAAGGAAGUGAAGCCGUUAUCCAAAAUGGAAAGACUCUCGAGUGGCGCUAGUUAAUCGUUAGCCAGCAGUGGGCAUUCCGUUAGCAUUGGUACAGUGGCUGCAUCCACCCUCGCCAGUGUGUGAGAGCACACGAAGGUGUAUGCGAGGCCAUGCCAGGUGUGCUGUGGUACCCCCUUCUCCUCCUCCUGCUGGGGCAGGGGGGGCGCGGGCAGAAGUCGGAGCCGCUUGUCGGUGCCGGGGGUGAGGACCUGUUCCGGGGUCAGGAUCAGUACAGCUUCGCCAUCGUGCUGUCCGGCACUGAGCAUCAGUGCUUUUGGCACUUCGCGCACCAGAGCGGACGCUUCUACUUGACUUACGUGGUCCAGUGGGUGACGGGCGUAGCCAAUAACAGGCACCUGUCCACCACAGUCAGCUCCCCCCAGGGAUUCCUAGUGACCUUUACUGAUGACCCUAUAGGUCAUAUCAACUUCCAUACACAGGAGACAGGUUUUUACCAGAUGUGCUUCAGCAACUUGCACAAUAGAUUUGGAAGAACACAGGUCUUCCUCAGCUUUGGCGUCUACUAUGAGGGCUUUGAACAGGCCCAGGUAAAUAAGGAGGAGGCGGGGAAACACCUGAAUGAUACACUGUCCACCAUUGAGGGGAGUGUCAAUAAACUACAGGGCCACAUAUUCCACAUAUGGAGGCACUACAACUUUGCACGCAUGCGAAGUGGCGCAGACCACUACCUGCUUCUCUCAAACUACAACUACGUGAACUGGUGGUCUGCUGCUCAGAGCGUGGUCAUCGUCACCGCGGGCUACCUGCAACUGUCAUUCCUCAAGAAGCUUUUCCACACAGACAACAAACGGCCUCGCUGCUAAGCCUCCCCCCU